AUGUCUCUACCUGGAUUAGAGCUAGCUGAAGCUUCAACCGAGGCGCAAUACGCCCCUCCUCCGCCAACACAGGUUAAUCUGCGUGCAGGCUCUGAAUGGAGAUUUGAGAUUGCAUUUGGUGCGACGGUUCGAGUCAAGUUACUCACCGGCACGGCAGAAUUAUUCGGAACUGAACUCGCGCCUUUACAAACAUACACAUUUAGCGGUACGAAAGCGGCAAUAUAUACCUGGCAUGGAUGUAUGUUAGAGGUCGCAGCCGGCGAAACGGUCAACUUAUCCAAUGGCUUUGCGCCGGGCGGUUCUACCGCCGCAGGAGGAAGCGGACAAACACAAGGUUACGGUGCCGGCGGAUGUCAAAGCGAAUACGUCGCCGAGGAGACACCAAUGAUAGAAUAUAGUAACGUCCAUUUCGGCCUCGAAACACUGCGCCAAGAAGCCCAGAACGAAGGCGGCAAAGAUGGUCCUCGAGUAUUGAUAUUGGGACCUGAGAAUGCAGGCAAAACAACUUUGACAAAAAUACUUACGGGAUACGCGACCAAGAUGGACCGACAGCCGAUUGUGGUUAAUCUGGAUCCGACGGAGGGCAUGUUGAGUGUUCCGGGUACAUUGACGGCGACUGCUUUUCGGUCUAUGCUUGAUGUUGAAGAAGGAUGGGGGAGUAGCCCCAUGUCUGGGCCGAGUCCGACUCCGGUGAAAUUACCGUUGGUUUAUUUUUAUCCCAUGAAGAGUCCGUUUGAAGCGGACGGGAAUGUGUUUAAGCCGAUUGUUUCGAGAUUGGCACUUUCGGUCACAGCGCGUAUGGCUGAGGAUGAUGAUGCGCGAGAAGCGGGUAUAAUUGUUGAUACAGAUGGAAGUCUUGGUCAGGGGUCGCCGAAAUCUUUGGAGUUGAUCAAUCAUAUUGUCACCGAAUUCUCCAUAUCCACCAUCCUCGUCAUCGGCUCCGAACGUUUAUACAGCACCAUGGUCAAAAACUACGACCAAAAACCAACCACAAGCGCCUCCGCAACCCACUCCGAUGAACGCAUCACAGUCCUCAAACUAUCCAAAUCAGGCGGCUGCGUCGACAGAGACGAAUCAUUCAUGAAAGCCGUAAACGAAUCUCAAAUACGAUCGUAUUUCUUCGGUACUGCGGCAACUUCUGCCGCCACAUCGACUUCCAUCGGCGGCGUGAUAGGAUCUAUAUCCGGCGCUGGCGGAAGUAACAGUAACAAAAUCACGCUAUCUCCUCAUACUCAACAACUUGAUUUUGGUUCCUUGGCUUUGUAUAAUUAUACCAUCACGUCUAGCCUCGCAGAAGACGACGAGGAUGAAUACGACCCUUCGAAUUUCGGUACGGGCACUGAAUCAUUCUCAUCCUUAAGCAACCCUCCACAAGAGACGCGCAGCAUGUACGACCCAUCGUCUUCCAACACCGAAAUACCGCUAAAGAAAUUUACGCAACCACCAACUCUAGCCCUAGCAAAUUCCUUGAUUGCAAUCACACAUGUCCCUCCCAACGCUCCUCUGAGCGAUAUCAGAGACUCAAGUAUCAUGGGUUUCGUGUACGUUGCUGAUGUAGAUGCCGAAAAGAAGAAACUCAGGGUCUUGGCGCCUGUUGGUGGGAGGAUGCCGGCUAGAGCGCUUGUUUGGGGGAAGAAUUGGCCUGGAGAGGUUGUUGGGUUAGUUGGUUGAUGUACUCGGCCAUGGCUUUUAUCAAUACUUAGGAGGCUGUAAUGUCUAUAGGGGCAUAGAUGCUACGCAAUCUACAAAUAUAACGAGAUGGCAAUCAUAUCACUUAUCGGUUUCUUUGCCCACGUGAGCUUCUAAGGUAUAAUAAGUUCAAUGUUGUAUUUUAUAUCAUAUGAAUCAAUCAAACAGAACGUUAUGGAGACAAUCCGAAACAAAACCUUGGAAACAAGAAUGAAAAGGAAGGAAAUAAAAAGCAAGCGUAACAGAUAAAACAAGAACUUUUGCGAAUGCAGACAAAAUAAACAGCGUCGGCCAGUGCAAACAUAUAACUCCUCGAAUAAAUCCCCAUGCAAGAUAUAUCCCAAUUCCAUCGCCUAAAUUCCAUACUCCGUCCUGGUAUAUGCGCUCAUAAAAUCAAAUCGUCAUUCGUAUAGUCUCCAAAGUUCAAGAUUGCGCCUCCAUUCGUCCUCCCAAUGAUACCCCCUAUCCGCUUCUGGUACACGAAGCAAUUCCUCCUCUCUAUCAUGGAAUCGUGAUUCGGCAUCGAACCUCUUCAGUGCAAUGGACUCCAACAUACGGUAAUCAUUGUUCAAAACUGCAUCUUUGAAUUUUGCUCGCAUGCGGUGUGAAUAUAAUUGGCAGCUUGCCUCGCGGCAUCGGUUCGGGCCUGAUCCUGGUAGCAGUCGAGGAGGAUUCGCUAGUCGUCGUGCUAUUGACUUUUGUGCUGCUGCGAGAGGCCGCACAACAUCAUCGUAACAAUCCUCGCAGACUGUGAAUUCAGGCAGUUCCGGAAUAUAAUGCCAUGUUCCAAUGAUGAGUCGUUGACGUCGGCAAUCGCGUAGGUUACACUUCCGCUCAAAGUAGUCAAUAAACCUGCCGUUGUCAGGAUAUUCGUACCGCUCGUAUUCGCAUUUAGUGGAUGCAGCGUCGAGAAGAUCAAUGUAUUUCACAAAUCGUGGACUGUCGACAGAGAGAUCACAAAACUUCUCCUGGAGGACGGGCUGACGUCGGAAGGUCGACCGAAGUGGAGGCAUCAAGAUUUCGACGUUGCGAACGCAUGCUGCACAAGCUGCGAACUUGGGAACAUUCAGACCCGUUUGGGAGUCAACCACACGGUACCACACUUGAGUUGAUAGUCUCCGACCGGGACAUGUUAGACCAGUUGGACGGGUCACUUCAUAGAGUAGAUCCAGGUUGUCGUAGUUUUUUUUGAAAGUCUGGAUCCAGGCUAGUCUUGUCCAUGCCUCGCUAAACGAGCAGCGUAUACGCGCCCCUGUAGUAUUUAGGCUGGGUACGAAAUAGUCCCGAAACUUGGAGUUGCCAAUCUGGCCCAUGCAAGAAGGACAUAUGUUCAGAUGCUCCAUCCCAGUGAUUGUGUACCAAUCAUGAUAGCCCGAAACUGGAUAAGAUCUUGGGCAAGGACGCAAAGCAAGGUUUGGCGACGGCUCAGAUGGACGAGGAGCGACACUUUUUAAGGAGUUUGUCGAGGUUGUCGAUCGGGUGGGAGACAUAUCAGAACUGCGGCGAUUGAAGGUUGGUGUUAUAGAACGUUCUAAUAUGCGAUACUGCGGCGUUUCCUUGAAGGAUACAGCUCGCCGUGGCCUCAC